ACUACUUCUGCUGAGCCUUAUUUUUUAACACUUAUCUUACUCGGACCAAGUGUGGACUAGUGGUUUAUAUAAGGCCUUCGGAAGUUCAGACAAUGAAAAAAACAAACCUGUCGAAAUCUUAAACACUCAAAUUUCGCUGUAUAUACAGUUUAUUUGCGCUAGUAAAGGAAAUAGUUUGGAACGUUUCUGAUCUAUUUUGAUUUUGAUUUUGAUUUAUGGAUUCGAUAAAUUCGUUUAAGGGGUAUGGCAAAGUGGAUCCGGUGGAAGAAGCCGCAUUCCGGAAGAAGACACGGAAGCGUCUCGUGAUUCUCAUUGUAUCGGUUGUUCUGCUGGUGGCCAUAAUAGCUGGAGCAGUUGUAGGCACGGUUGUUCACAAGAAGAACAACAAGUCCUCGUCCUCGUCGGCUCCUUCGAGUUCAGUUGCGGCGCUGAAUGCAGUGUGCAAAGAGACAUUGUAUCCAGAGUCGUGCUACUCCAGCAUCUCUGCGCUCAAUUUGGGCGAUACUGCAGAUCCUGAAGAGCUUUUCAGGAUCUCGCUACGCGUGGUCAUUGACUCUGUUCGCUCUCUGUCUCAGACUAUUGGCACCAAAACAGGAGAUGCUAAUGUGACGAGGGCUCUCGGGGUUUGCCAGGAGGUGUUGGAUGAUGCUCUGGACAGGCUCAACGAUACGUUAUCCGCUAUGGAUGGAAAUGAGGCCAAGGGGGAGAAGUUUCUGUCUGUGAGCAAGCUGGAUGAUCUGAAAACGUGGCUCAGCGCGACGAUUACAGAUCAGGAGACUUGCUUGGACGCGCUUGGUGAAUUCAAUGCCACGGCCUUGAUAGGCGAUGGAAUGGACAAACCAGCCCAAUUCGCGAGCAAUAGUUUGAGCAUUGUGGCCAAGAUUCUUGGGGUACUGGCCAAGUUCAAUGUUCCGGUCCAUCGGAGAUUGCUGGGGAUAGGUCAGAGCGGAGGACAUGGAUUUCCAGAGUGGGUGUCUUCAGCCGACAGGAGGCUGCUGCAAGAGGUCAAGCCGAAGCCGGAUGUCACCGUCGCUGCUGAUGGAACUGGGGACUGCAAAACAAUUGGAGAAGCUGUAGGGAGGAUCCCAAAGAAAAGUAAGACGAGAUUUGUGAUUUAUGUGAAAGCAGGGACGUAUCUUGGGAACAACAUUCUCGACAAAUCUAAGUGGAAUGUAAUGAUUUAUGGGGAUGGCAUGGAUAAGACCAUUGUUUCAGGCAGCUUGAACUUCAUCGAUGGAGUUCCCACAUUCUCCACGGCUACUUUUGCUGCCGUGGGUAAAGGAUUCAUCGCAAAGGACAUGACAUUCAAGAACACAGCCGGGGCCGAAAAGCACCAGGCAGUGGCUUUCCGAUCAGGCUCUGAUUUCUCCGUAUUUUAUCGCUGCAACUUCGAUGCUUUCCAAGACACUCUCUACGCCCAUUCCAACCGUCAGUUUUACCGUGAUUGCGAUAUCACUGGAACCAUCGAUUUCAUAUUUGGCAACGCUGCUGUCGUUUUCCAAAACUGCAACAUCAAGCCUAGACAGCCGAUGUCGAACCAGUUCGUGACAAUCACAGCUCAGGGGAAAAAAGAUCCGAAUCAAAACACCGGCAUUUCAAUACAGAAAUGCACAAUCUCAGCGCUAGACAAGGUCACUGCACCAGUUUAUCUUGGCAGGCCCUGGAAAGACUUCUCCACAACUGUGAUCAUGCAGUCAACCAUUGGAGAUUUUUUGCAUCCAUUAGGCUGGAUUGAAUGGGUCAGGGGUGUCGAGCCGCCCAGUUCUAUACUCUAUGCCGAAUACGAAAACACGGGGCCUGGAUCAGCCCUUACCGGCAGAGUUAAAUGGUCUGGUUAUAAGGUUCCUUUCACGGCCGAACAGGCAUCAAAGUUCACUGUUGAUAGUUUUAUUCAAGGUAGUUCAUGGCUGCCAAGUACAGAGGUGGCUUUUGAUUCCAAACUUUGAGAAUGUUAAGUGUGGGGGUUUGUUAUUCUUUUUUAAUUAUUUGAAAAACAGAAGCAUACUGUAAUAUUCGUAGUUUGACAGUACAAUGUUUAAAAUGGUAUUUUUAAGUGCUUUUGAUC